AUGGGAACCCAAUACUACCAUCGUCAACACCUCUGCGGUUGCUGGAUUUUCUGUGAAACCAAGCCCUACUCACCCGCCAAGCGGCGAUAUCUUCCUCAGGUCGACCUGAACUCUUCGACCACCAUCCUCGCUACCACAUCCCGUACCACUCUGAAGCAAACAUUUGUCAACGAUCAAGACAAGAAAUUGAAUGAAGUCCAGUACACCUUUCCCCUCUACGAUGGCGUCAGUGUCGUCGGCUUCACAUGCACUGUUGGCUCCAAAACCAUCGUCGGCAUCGUGAAGGAGAAGCAGGAGGCCAGAGUUGUGUACCAGGCAGCCGUGGCUCGGGGAGAGACCGCUGGUCUACUAGAACAAUUGCCCGAGGCUUCCGACGUCUUCACCACUUCGAUCGGCAAUGUCCCCGCGAAGGAGAAAGUUCGCAUUGAGAUCGUCUACCUCGGCGAGCUCAAGCACGACGCCGAAACCGAUGGCUCACGAUUUACCAUACCGACGAUCAUCGCCCCUCGUUAUGGCGCACUCUCCGGAGAAUCUGCAAGCACGCUUUCGAAUAGUGCCUCGAAAAAGGGCCGCAUCUCCAUCUCUGUCGAUGUCACCCUCGAAGAUGAAACCAUCGUCCGCGGCUUGCAAUCUCCCAGUCACCCUAUCGCUGUCACCAUGGGUCGCACUUCUCAGAUGCAUGAAGACGCGUUCAGUAACAACCACGCCUCAGCCACAUUGACCCUUGGUUCCACCGAACUAGACAAAGACUUUAUCGUCGUCGUCUUAGCCAAGGGUACUGACACUCCUCGUGCUCUUCUUGAGAGACACCACACCAUCUUCAACCAGCGUGCUAUCAUGACGACCCUUGUGCCAAAGUUCAAUCUUCCAAAUAUCUCCCCAGAAAUCGUCUUUGUGGUCGAUCGAAGCGGCAGCAUGCAAGGCAAGAUUGAACUCGUCGUGUCCGCCAUGAAGAUCUUCCUGAAGUCGCUUCCAAUCGGGGUCAAGUUCAAUAUCUGUUCCUUUGGCUCAACCUAUUCAUUUCUCUUCGAGCGGAGUAAGACAUAUGAUCAGUCGAGUCUCAAAGAAGCUUUGAGCCACCUGGAUACCUUCGCCGCAAACUACGGAGGUACAGAGAUGCUUCGACCUGUCAAGGCCACGGUCGAGAACCGAUACAAGGACUUGCCACUGGAGGUCAUGGUCCUCACUGACGGCGAGAUCUGGAACCAAGAGGAGCUGUUCACGUUUGUACAUGAAACGGCUAACGCUCGCUUCUUCACCUUGGGUAUCGGCCACGGAGCCUCUUCUGCCCUCGUCGAGGGAAUCGCCCGCGCAGGCAACGGGUUCGCUCAAUUCGUCGGCGACAACGAAAAGAUGGACCGACGAGUCGUCCGCAUGCUGAAAGGAGCACUCACACCUCACAUUACUGACUAUACCCUUGAAGUCACAUAUGGACAAGGCGAGUCGCCUUCGGGUGAUGACGAUUUUGAAAUGGUGGACUCUGCCAGCACCGAGACCCUGACCAUCCGUUCCCUCGCUAGCAACACCAAGGAACCAGAGCAGAAGAAGCCGAUCUCCCUAUUCGACACCAACGCCACAGAGGAGCCGCCCAAUCCUCCUGCGGGUCGUUACGACAACUUGAUCAGCGUCCCUCCUCCAAAGAUCAUUCAAGCGCCCCACAAAAUCCCGACGCUGUACCCUUUCAACCGUACCACGGUCUAUCUACUGCUAGGUCCUGACGCACCUACGAAGGCUCCCAAAGCUGUCACUCUCCGUGGUACUAGCCAACAUGGUCCUCUCGAGCUUGAGAUCCCGAUCCAAGACGUCGGGGUCGGUGAGACAAUGCAUCAACUUGCGGCGAAGAAAGCUGUGCACGAACUCGAGCACGGUCGCGGUUGGAUCACCGAGGCACGUGAUGGCAAUGGCAGCCUCCUCAAGACCGCUCACGAAGGAAAGUGGGAUCUGAUCGUCGAGCGUGAGGCGGUUCGAUUGGGCGUCCUCUUCCAAGUGGGAGGCAAAUGGUGCUCAUUUGUCGCCGUCGACAGGGAAAGCCAACAGGAGCAUCACAAGCCACCUCCUACCGAUACCGGAUCGACGUCGGAAACCCAGUUCAGACCACCCGUCAGGCUGAGUCAGCCUCCAGCAAGGAUGUUGUUCUCAGGGGCUGCCGCCUCCCAGCCUGUCAGUCAGCAACAGUUCGGAAGUAGCUCCAGCUCCAGCUUUGGGACGCUCAGUGUGGGAGGGCGGCGAAGUGCAGGGAGAGGAGGUGGUUACGCUGCUGGCAUCGGGAAGAGGAAGGAAAUGAGUGGGACACUAAGUAUGGCCAGCGCAGCGCCCGCACCGCCUGGGGCAAUGCAACGGAGUUCAAUGGGAGCUGCAUUUGCGGCAACGGCACCGCCCCCGGCUCCGGCUCCAAUGGGUCAGCUUCAACAGUGUCAUGGCAUGCUCUCGCUCCAGCAAGGUAACAACGAUCGCGACCAGAUGGUGGGUUAUUCGCAAGCACUCCCGCCGCCCCCACCGAUGGCUCCUGGCGGUGGCCCUCUUUUCGGGACUUCACGUGCAGCUUUUGACCAUCAACAUGGUUCAAACGCUCAGCAGAACAGCAGAAGUGCUGCCUCUCCAGCUGCUUCGGCGUUUCUAGGUGGAGUUUCAGCAGCAAAGAAGAAGGUGACAGGAUCUGGCAGGCCCGGCAAGGGCUCCUUCUACCGCCGUUCCCGAACUCGCGGACUCGAAAAUGAUGACGAAGACAGCGAGUAUGCAGAAGUCGAGGUUGACAUCCGUUCAUUGCCUGACACGGAGAAAAUGCACAAGAUCAUCGACCUGCAGGAAUUCGACGGCUCAUGGCAAGUGUCGGACAGACUUCUUGAGCUCCUCGGUGUCAGUGCCGACCAGUUCACCAGCUUGGAUGUGGGCAUUAAUUCUUUAGUGGGCAACAAGACACACCGAGCCACGGCCCUGGCAAUUGCCUGGCUGAAGGCCAAGAUUCCAGCCGAGGAGGAUGUCUGGGAAAUGGUGGUCGACAAGGCGAUGGGCUGGCUCUCAGCGCAAAGCCGUGACGGCAGUGCCGAUGAGGCGGUCAAGCUGGCCGGUAAAGUGUUCUGA